AUGUCCGAUGAGGCUAUUUCUUGUCUAGAAAAGUAUAUACUCAACUUUGGCAUUUGUAAAUGUUGUGCUCUACGCCUGACUAAGGGUUAUCAUUGCCAACCAAGUGAUUUACUAACCGCCUUUCAUUCACAAUCCUAUUCUAAAGAUUAUAUAUGUAAAAUAUGUUUUGGCCUAUUGCAUCAUCCAUUGUUAUGUGAUAUGCCAUUGACGAUGACUACUAAUCAUGAUGAUGACGGGGAGAAAUAUGCUCUGGUGUAUUUGUAUAAAAAGAUUAUUGAAUCGAAAUAUCAAUUUACAGCAUAUCAACUUCGGGUCACUGAACCAGUCAAUAUUACUAUACGUGAACAAUUUCUAUGGGAUGAACUAUUAUCUCUAAUAACCGUUGGUAGCAAUGAUAAUAAUAAUAAUAAUAUUGGUAAUAGUAGUGAUAAAGACAUUGAUGAAAAACAGAAUGGUCAGUCAUUUCUAUUCACCCAGAGUGAUAUUAGUACAUUACGGUCACAUACAGUACCAGUUAAAACUGUAUGGAAAUGGAUUGUCGAACCAAAAUUAUCAGAAUUAUUGAAGGUGCCAGUUAUAUAUUCCCUACGAAAUGAUACUGAAUUAAAGUCAAUUAAAACGAAUGGAUUACAUUCAACUAAUCCAAAUCAUGAUCAAGAAUCGAAUAUUAUGUGUAUUAGCGUAGAAUUCUCGCAUAAUUCUAUUCAAACAGAUUUUAAUGCUCUAAUAAAUUAUCUAGAGAAAUCUCCGUCUUGUUCAUCAUCAUCUUCUAUUCAUUCAUGUCUUGUCCGAUUGAAAAAUUCAAAAAUACCGCGUAAACGUUCAAGAUUCAAUUUCUCCGAGAGAAUCAAAGCAACUGCAUUAAAACAACACAAAGAAGAUGAAAAAAUAAUAAUUAAUAAUCAAGAGGAUAAUGACACGAAGGAUGUAUUGAUGGAAGAUAAUGCUUGUUCAUUGGUUGAUGAGAAUAAUAAUAAUAAUAACAAUAAUAAUAAUGAUAGUGAUUGUACACAUUCAUCGAUUUCCAAUCAGCCAACAACAUCAGCGUCAUCAUCUGUGAUAAAUAUUGGUUAUACUUUAGAUAGAUCAUGUCAAUUUUCUCGAACAGUUUUAACAGAGCUUUCUUCUUUGUUAAAAGAUGUUUGUUUACAUUCAGAUUAUAUUAAGAAGAGACUUUCUUCUGAAGACAACCAUUCCUUGGCUUUUAUGACACUGUUAAAUGUCUCACGGAGUAUACCAUUGUGUUUAGCUGGUCGAUAUGUCAAGCUAAGUCGACGCUUACCACAAACUCCAUGGUUAAUUGGAACACAACGGAAAUUAGAUUCUUCAGUGGAAGAGCUCAUCACUGGAUUGAUAUUGCCUCAAUUCGGUACAAAUGCUCAAGGCUGUUUUAUGUCAUCUGGUAGAGAAGAUGUUGAUGUCAGAUGUCUUGGUCUAGGUCGACCAUUUGUAAUUGAAAUCAAUAAUUAUGAAUUAUUACCAUCAGAAAUAGUUCGUAAAUGGUCGAUCAAUAAUAACAAUAAUAAUAUUGGUGCAGAAUCUAUUGAAACUGAUCCAUCUCAAUCUUUGGAUUUACUGAAAUUAGCAUCGUUGGUCAAUUCAAACACACAGGAUAAAGUGUAUAUAAGAGAUUUACAGUUGGUAUCAUCUGCAACAGCUUCAGCUAAAAUCAAAGGCGGUGAAAUGCAAAAGGCGAAAUGUUAUCGUGCAUUAUGCUGGUGUCCAAAUGGUGGCAUCACAACAGAGAUGCUUAUGAAGAUGGAGAAGUAUGCGCCAUGCAUAUUUAUCAAAACAACAGCGAAUAUCAAUGGUGAUGAAAACAAUAAUAGUAGCAAUGACGUCGUCAGUCAAGAGAAGCCUGUCAUUCAAUGGCCUUAUUCUUCUUCCUCUUCGUCAUCAGGUGGAACAAAAAUUGGAUUUGGUCCAUUUGAAGUGAAUCAACUUACACCAUUACGUGUAUUACACAGGCGAGCAUUAAUGAAUCGUAAACGUACUAUUCAUCGUGUCUGUUUUAUGUCCUAUAAAGAAGCAAUGAAAACUAAUAAUCCUGUGGCGUACCACACAGAUGAGGAUAUCAAUGCCAGACAGGAAUGGACUGAGAAAGCAAGACAGACAUUCAUACUAAUCUGAAGUCAGUGUGAAAACCGGCUGCAAUCGGCAUAAGGAGGAACAUUCAGACUUUCAUGAUUAAUGUUAAACCCAAUCAGUGUUUCUGUAUAGUUUAGAGACUUGGCAAACGCAUCAUGGAUUUCCAACAGACUACCGCCGACUUCCAUCAGUAGUUGCCUUUGCUCCGUAGUGAAGAUCAGACGGCCAGAAAAGAUAACCAGCAAAGAACUCUUUCAUGGAACGAACCAACCAAGAAGGAAAUGGAGGUAGAUUGGACAUACAUUGAAGAGAUCGUUGAGUGACAUCGUGUAAAAGGCAAGCCCUCGUGUGAAACCCAAAUGGAAAGUUUAGGACUGGGGCACUGUGGUAGGAUAUGAUCCCAUUUUGGGUCAUUUGGAAAUUUGGGGUCGGGUGCACUCUGGU